AUGAAGACAUCCCAGUCUACUUUCCUUAUCACAAUCCUUCUCAUAGCUUCAUUUUCAUCCUCCACACACGGACUCAUACUUAAUGGGCUCCGUAUCGGGUCAAUCAGAAUUAACGGCGUCUUGUUCUGUUCCCUUGACGGAAACCUCAUCGGAAACAGCCCUCCCUUAUCCGGCGCCAUUGUCCAGCUAUCAUGCGCCGGACAAAACACAGAUAUUGGUCAAGCCUUGACUAAUCCAGCAGGAGUCUUCGUCGUCGUCGUGAAGAUUCUUGAUACCUUCUUCUUUGAUCCCGCCACGUGCUUCAUCAGGGUUAAUCUCCCUGUUGCCACGUGUUCAGUUUUCCCGCCCGACGGAGCCCUCACCGCGUCCUUAAACCUUGUCAGUAUCAUUCAGACCGCUCUCGGCAACAUCGCUAAUUUCACCACCGGCAAUUUCGUCCACUCUAUCCUUUGA